AAACAUUUGACCAUGUCCUAAUUCAUGCAUAUUCCUACACGUCCUCUUUCCUUUUACGUUCUCUGCCAUCUCUCAAUGCCUUCCAUCUAAAAUGCCGAACUUCUGAAUCGCCAUUUCCAUUGCCGAUUCCGGAUCCUUGGUUGCGGCUGAGGAAAAUGCUCGAACGGUUCUUGAGUCCUCGGCAGGUGUGGCGUUUCCGGCGGCAUCUCCGUAACUGUAAGCUAACGCUCUUCUGCCUCAUCCUCACCGUCGUCGUCCUGCGUGGAACUAUCGGCGCCGGAAAAUUCGGGACUCCAGAGCAGGACCUGAAGGAGAUUCGCGAUACACUCAACUAUUACCGCAAACGGUCCGAGCCGCGCCGGUUUCUCGAAGAGUCGUCAUCCGGCGACGGCUCCGGCACUAACAGUUACAACGGCUUCGACAUUACUAAGGUCAUGGUUGAUGAAGAAGAUGGGGAGGCGGAAGUGGAGAAGGAUCCGACUAAACCGUACAGUCUCGGACCGAAGAUUACCAAUUGGGAUCGGCAGAGAGGUCUUUGGUUGAGGAGAAAUCGAGAUUUCCCCAAUUUCCUCCAUCACAAUAAACCUAGGGUUAUGUUAGUCACCGGGUCAUCCCCGAAACCUUGUGAGAACCCGAUUGGGGAUCAUUACUUACUAAAAGUGAUUAAGAACAAGAUUGAUUACUGUAGGUUACACAGGAUUGAGAUUUUCUACAACAUGGCUCUACUUGAUCCAGAAAUGUCCGGUUUUUGGGUCAAACUGCCAUUGAUUAGAAAGCUUAUGCUGUCACACCCUGAAGUUGAGUUCUUCUGGUGGAUGGACAGUGAUGCAAUGUUUACAGAUAUGGCAUUUGAGCUACCAUGGGAGAGGUACAGGAAUUAUAACCUAAUAAUCCAUGGUUGGGAUCACAUGGUGUAUGGAGACCGGAAUUGGAUCGGGUUGAACACGGGCAGCUUUUUACUAAGAAAUACCCAAUGGUCAUUGGACAUUCUUGAUGAAUUAGCCCCGAUGGGGCCGAAAGGGAAGGUUAGGGAGGAGGCAGGGGAACUCCUGACGAAGGAGCUUAAGGGCAGACCAGUUUUCGAAGCUGAUGAUCAGUCUGCAAUGGUGUAUUUGUUGGCAACCCAAAGGGAUAAGUGGGAACCUAAGGUGUAUUUGGAGAGUACUUAUUUCUUACAUGGUUAUUGGGGAAUUUUGGUGGAUAAGUAUGAAGAAAUGAUGGAGACUUAUCACCCGGGUUUCGGCGAUCAUAGGUGGCCACUCGUGACACACUUUGUGGGUUGCAAGCCUUGUUUGAAGUUUGGGGACUAUUCGCUCGAGCGCUGCUUGAAGCAAAUGGACCGUGCAUUCAACUUUGGGAGCAACCAGAUUUUGCAGAUGUAUGGGUUCAUCCACAAAUCACUCUCGAGUAAGAGAGUGAAGAGGAUUCGGAAUGAGACUAACAAUCCUCUUGAAAUAAGAGACGAGUACGGUUUGCUUCACCCGUGGUUUAAAGCUAUCAAGCUGUAGCCCUCUUAACUAAGUGCAAUCACAGAUUGCAUUCUCUUCCAAGUAUAGAUAGUAAAUUGAUUUUUUGAUUUACCAUUUACUUAAUUAUUGUUAUACAACAUCUCCAAGUAUCAAUUUUUUGUUUAGAUUUCUUGUCCUAGCUUGCAGAAGUUGUAGUUUUUCUGAUUUUUUUACUCAGUUUCAUACAAAGUACUACGUAUAACACAUGCAGCCAAAAGCAAUAUUAACUUUGUGGAGAUUAAAGUGGAACAAACUGUGAUGAGAAUACUGGGAAUAGUGAGGAACACAUUCCCUCAGAAAAUGCCGUGUGGUUUCUCCCAGAUGUGUUAUAAUUUGGGCACAGUAUGUCUUCUGGUGAGAAUUAGAAUAUCAAAUGGAGUUUAUUUCUCCCUAUCGUGAAGGACAAUGAUUCUCGGCAACUUCAAUGGAAAUAUGUGUCAUGGCUCACUUUCUGAUACAUUGAUCUUUGUUCCAUAUAUUUGGGCACAAUAGCAUUUUAGAUAAGGAAUGAUGAUAACGAUGCUUUGUUUUGGGAAUAGAACUAAUGCCCAUUUCGCAAGUGUUACUGUGAGACUCCACUCAUUUUGUAGUUAUACUACGUAGAGUAGUCUUCAAAUUCGUGAAGAAUAAAGAAGAUGAAUAAUCUUGUAAUGAAGUUAUGAAGGGGCACUACCUAAAAAGUAAUUCUCUGUAAUAUGAGAUAUGAUAGUUAAGUUAUGAAAGGUCAAUCCAACUUUACCC